CCAACUCAGAUUAGGUUAAUUCUGCUCCGAUUGACUUAUACCUUACAUGGGGCAAAUGAGGAAACUUUGCUAAAAACGUCUUCAGAAGGAAAUUGAACUUUAGCCCAAUUUUAGUUUGGGGUGCAAAGGAUGUCAACUUUCAUUUGGAAUUAAUUAUGAACAAAGCAACAACAACAACAACAACAACAACAACAACAACGUUUUCAUGAAAAUGCCAAUGAAAAGGAUUUCUGAGUCUUCAGAUGGCGAGGACUCGUUUAAUAAUCUACAGCCUCCUCAGAAGAUUUCUUCAAGAAUCCAAGACGAGUCUUACGUAACGCUACUUGGUGGUAAAAGUUCCACAGUUUCUUACCCUGAUGAAAACGAACAUAAUGUUGGAAUUAAGAAGAAUUCAGCUUCAAAGUUUGACGAAGAUGAAGAUUAUUUAGGAAUUAAAGCAGAAGUAGAACAUUGCAAUGAGACGCCUUCCUCAGAAGAAGAGGAUUUAGACACACGAGAAAGCCAAAAGGAUGAUUUUCUUUGCAAUCAGUCUAUUCAGAAGAAAAGUAUGACCCAGAUCACAAAGGACAAGAAGAAGCAAACUCAUCUCACUCUACAAUGGCUGGAAGAAAACUACAUAGUCUGUGAAGGCGUUUGCUUACCCAGGUGUAUCCUAUACACUCAUUACUUGGAUUUCUGUAGAAAAGAGGAACUGGAACCUGCUUGUGCUGCAACCUUUGGGAAGACUAUACGCCAGAAGUUUCCUCUUCUUACCACAAGAAGGCUUGGAACAAGAGGCCAUUCAAAAUACCAUUAUUAUGGGAUAGGCAUUAAAGAAAGCAGUGCAUAUUACCACUCUGUGUACUCAGGAAAAGGCUUGACAAGGUUUUCAGGAAGCAAGCUAAAAAAUGAGGGAGGGUUCACACGGAAAUAUUCUCUUAGUUCAAAAACUGGAACUCUGCUCCCUGAAUUCCCAAGUGCUCAACUUUUAGUACUUCAGGGGUCCGUUUCUAAAGACAAGGUGGAUACACUUAUCAUGAUGUACAAAACUCACUGUCAGUGCAUCUUGGACAAUGCAAUCAAUGGCAACUUUGAAGAGAUACAGAAUUUCCUACUGCAUUUCUGGCAGGGAAUGCCAGACCACCUGUUACCUCUGCUGGACAAUCCCAUUAUUAUUGACAUUUUCUGCUUAUGUGACUCCAUACUGUAUAAGGUGCUGACUGAUGUUUUGAUCCCUGCCACAAUGCAAGAAAUGCCUGAAAGUUUGCUUGCAGAAAUCAGAAGUUUUGCAAAACAUUGGGAACAAUGGAUAGUUUCAUCUCUGGAAAAUCUGCCCGAGGCUCUUUCUGAGAAAAAACUGCCCAUUGCACGAAGAUUUGUGUCUUCACUGAAGCGGCAAACGUCAUUUUUACAUCUUGCCCAGAUUGCCAGGCCUGCCUUGUUUGACCAGAAUAUAGUUAACUCAAUGGUCUGUGACAUUGAAAAGGUGGAUUUAAACAGCAUUGGUUCUCAGGCCCUCCUCACUGUCUCAGGCUGCAUAGACCACCAGGACUCUGACCUUUACUCAGAAUAUGACUCUGUAACAGUGUUUCAAGAGCUAAAGGAACUUCUCAAGAAAAGUGCAACUGUGGAAUCUUUUAUUGAGUGGUUGGAUACUGUGGUGGAGCAAAGAGUCAUCAAGCCAAGUAAGCAAAACAGGAGAUCUUUGAAAAAGAGAGCUCAAGAUUUCCUUUUAAAAUGGAGCUUUUUUGGGGCAAGAGUGAUGCACAACCUGACGCUUAACAAUGCAACCAGUUUUGGUUCCUUUCACCUGAUCAGAAUGCUGCUGGAUGAGUACAUUCUUUUGGCCAUAGAGACCCAGUUCAACAAUGACAAAGAGCAGGAUCUUCAGAAUUUAUUAGACAAGUAUAUGAAAAACGCAGAUGCCAGUAAAGCUGCCUUCACAGCAUCCCCAAGCUCCUGCUUUCUUGCCAACCGGAAUAAAUUCAGCGCACUUCCCAGCGACUCUUCAGUUAAAAAUGAAUCUCUUUCAGAGCACACGUAUAUAUCUGUAAACCAGCACAGCAUGAGCGCUAAUAUGGCUACAUUCCUAGAGGGGGAUGCAGAUGCCCUCCACAUUACAGGUGGGCAGAUGGAACGUUCUCACAAUAAUGGUCCACUAAUGACACCACCCAUUUCACCAGCACUGGUGAACAGAGGAAGUGUGAUAAACCAAGGUCCGAUGGCUAUGAGAUCUCAGAGUGGCUGUCCGGCAUUGCAGUCCCAUGCCGGCUGUGCCACAUUCUCAGAUCCAUUGUACCAGACACUGUCACAGACAAAUCAGAACUACUACAGUGCUGGCUCUAACUAUCAAACCAUCUUUAGGUCCCAGACGCACCUCCCUCCAUCAGUUUAUCAUCACAGAGCUGACUCCAGCCAUUUUCCUUCCUUCAGUGAACAACAGCUGUCUAAAGACUAUUUCAGCAGCAGCUGUGCAGUAUCCCCAUACAGUGCCAGGCCCACUUCCAAUUUUGGAUCACCUCCAGAUAACACCACAGAAACACAAAGCAUGCAGUUUGUUAACUCCAGCAACUUUCAUUUUAUUGGGAACUCACUGAGUGGAAACUGCCAAGAUAUACCAUAUACAGCUGCUGGGCAGAAUGGGUACUAUGGGAACAGCAGCUACCGCGAUGCUCAGAGACUUGGCUCAAUGAUCGAUCAGCAUGUUUCUGUUAUCAGUAGCGUUAGCACUGUUCAUUCAGUACCUGCAUUCAGUGACAUCCAUGAUCCACUGAACAUUUUAGAUGAUAAUGGAAGGAAGCCUGCAGGGACUUUUUACACAGACUCGUCCUCUCUAGUUUGCCAAGCACCUGCAGCACCAACUAUACCAAGCGCCAUUUCCUCCUCACCCUCCUCCCAGUGUAUGUAUGGAACUUCCACUCAGUACCAUUCCCAGGAUGCAAUGGGCUCACACAGGCAGCCUAGUGAAGUCAGAGACAUGGUGCCCACUCUCCCCCCAAUCAACACUGUCUUUAUGGGGGCUGCAGCAGGAGGAACAUGACAACUCAUAUUUUCCAGUAGGACUGUGCCCUGCCUGCCUAACAAAGAGAUUAUUCCUUUGUCAGUGCACUUAAACCCGGUCUCUGAAUGCUGCAAAAAAUACACCUUUGUUUAAUUGAUAGGGAUAUAAAAAAAAAAAACGAAGUAUCUGCUCCUGAAAACUGCUUUAACUGGGUGACGCACACAGAGAAAGUGAUUACUCAUUAUGGCCAUGCAGGAAAUUGACACCUUUCAAAGUGCCUCUCAAAAGAAAAGCAGUGGACAGACACAAACGUUGCUUAUAGACAUGCUGCUAUGCAAACCGUCAUUGGACAUUUUCAGAGACAAACACAAUUUUAUUAUGUGUU